AUGCAUCCCCUAAAAAAUGACAAGUUGGAAAGGCUUUCCAACAACGAACUAAUUAGGAGGAUCAUAGAGCUGCAGAAUUCGCUGAUAAAUAUUUCUGACCAUAUGGAGUUACUAAAAAACAGAAAUAGAAUAUUAGAUGAAGAGAAUGAGAAAUUAGAAAAUCACAUAAGAGACAUUGUAAAUGAUGUGAAAACAGAACUUACACAAAAUUUUGACAAAAAAAAGUCACCCCCGUUGAGUUAUGCCCCGGAUAUACGUGAGGACGAAACACCAACCGAUAUUUGCAAUGGUUGUGAUAACGAAAAGAAUGUUCAGCGUGAACCCUGCGAAGGGCAGACACAUGCAACUCCUGACUCGGUCGCCCCUAUUCCUAGAGAUGCCGCUUCACCACGUAGAAACACACCAUACGGAGAUACCCCACUAAUCGAACACACAACCAAUGCGCAAUCGGGGCAACACACAAAUCGUGCCACCCAAAAUGAAAACGAACAUAAAAACGCACAAACGAGUUUUAUAAAAAAUCCAAACCAACAUGUAAAGAUGAACCCCCACAAAAAGGAGGGGCAAAUUUUGAAUCUUCCAAAAGAGCAUACCAAAAAUAACAUAUAUAAUUUACUUAUGGAAACAGAAAAGUUGAACUCCAUAUUUAACAUUGCAUCGAAUGUUCUGAACACGUCAUUUUUCAGCAUGUCAAAAGAAGAGGAUGGUAGGAGGAAGGGCAGUCAAUGUGUCCAAGUGUGUCCUGGGGUAGUAGACCCAAGAGUGUUGGAUAAGCAUACACAAAGGGGGGAUUCCAAAAUUUGCAAACUGCAGCGUAACAUAACGGAAGGAAUCUCAGAGGCGAAGAAUUAUAUGAACUUCCCAAGUGGAAAUGUUCCUCAAGAGGGUGUGAAACUAAGGGGAGACGUGGAAGGAAAAGAGAAUAGAGAUAUAAUAGACAGGGUGGAAAUAAAGGAAGAAGUUGACGCAAAAGAGGACGCUGAUAUAAUGCGGGAAGAAGUGCUCAAUGUGGAGGGAACCCCCAUUGAGUCGGAUACCAAAAGGGGGGAAGACGAAAUACCUAUAGAGGGCGAACACAGUCCCGAUGAUAAAAUUACCACCCCGCUGGAUUCAAACCAAAUGGAAGAAAAUAUAAAUGGGGAAAAGGACAAAAACGAUGGGGACGAUCAGGUAGAGAAGAACACACCUGAAGAGGUGGUUGCAAUUAAAAGGGAAAGUUAA